ACCAGGGCAAGUUGUUACACUGGAGAAAAUGCAAAGUGACAGUAACUUGAACCAAUCAAGCGACGAUGACUUUUUCAACAGCGGACCAUGUCCGUCGUGUAGAUUGGCUAUCAAUAAGGAAACCGGUAGACUCAAAUGGUGUACUGGCGGAAGUGAAGGACGGCGUUUACGUGUUAAACUGAUGCUUCUUAUACCUGCCGUGUUGCUGCCGAUCACCAUAGUGUUUAUCGCUCUGUCGCGAUUUCAAGCCACAACUAAAACCCCCGACUCACACACGAUUUCCGUUUAUAAGCUGCAGGAACAGGACAAAGAAAAGAUCGAAGAUGACAUCUUUUGGCCUACCAGUCGCAACGAUGUAGAACGUACGACAGAAGAAACUGAAGAAGAGGACCGACUUUUGCUUCCCGAUAUGAAAACGAGUUACGUGCCUGUAGAUACGCAUCCUCCAUUUCAAUCGCAAUCGCCCCAUCGACGAAAAAGAGACAUCGACGGGGAGAAUUACACGAGGGACGGUUUCAAAUUGGACAAUCGAGCGACGUCUUCGUCUCGUGCACACGCUCGUGUAACUAACGGCAAAUUGGUAGAAUCCCUUUUAAGGGAAGAAUCAGAUAGGAAAAGUAGUAGAUCAGAGAGAUCCUUCUCGUCUUCAGACAGCGUGAGGCUGUAUGAUAGAAUCGACAGAAUCAAGGUGACGAAUGGUGACACGAUCGAAAACAACAACGCGCAGAACAUUGAAGAAAAUAAUUUCUUAGGUCUUGAGAAACGAUCGAAGGAGGAAUCGGCAAGAAUCCAAGAAGAGAAAGACUCAUUCUCCAUUUCCAUCAAUGAAACAUGGUUGUCGAUGGCUGAUGAACAAGUUGCGAUCAUAAACGACGAAAUGCCUGAUCUUCGUAUAUUGUGGAAAGGCGAAGAAAAUAAAAAAAGUAUCAGAGAAGCUCAAGCUCGAAUAAUGUUGAAAUAUAUGGAUAAGAGCGUGGAUCCGUGUCAAGAUUUCUAUCAAUACGCUUGUGGUAAUUGGGCGAAACGAAAUCCUAUUCCGAAAGACAAAAUCGGCCAUGAUAGUUUCGAAGUGGUCAGAGAGUCGUUGGAUUCUGUACUAAAAGAAUUGCUAGAAGACCCGAUAUCACGCGACACCGCCGGUGAGAUAGACAGUGACGAUGCUACGGUAAAAGCGAAACAUCUGUUUCAAAGCUGUAUGAAUUACGAGAUCUUGGAGCAACGUAUGGAACGACCACUUAUCCAGCUUUUGGAUCAACUUGGUGGUUGGCCAAUUCUAAAACCAAAUUGGGAUCCCGACAAAUUCGACUGGCUUCUUUUAACCGCACAACUUCGAUUGUACAAUAAUGAUAUAUUAAUCACAGAAUGGGUAGGUCCAGAUAUGAAAAACAGCGACAAGUACGUGAUACAGUUUGAUCAAACAUCGCUUGGACUUCCUACAAAAGAUUAUUUCCUUCAGCCAUCCAACGCGAUUUAUCUAAAGGCAUACAAGGAUUACUUAAUGGAAAUUGCAAUCUUACUUGGUGCAUCCUCAGAUAAUGCAACCAUUGAUGUCGAAGAAUUAAUUGAAUUCGAAACACAACUCGCGUCAAUUACAUUGUCAUCGGAUGAAAGACGAAACUCUUCAGAGUCCUAUCAACGAAUGAAUGUAGAUAAACUGAGUGCACUUGUGCAAAUCGAUUGGUCUCGUUAUUUGUCGAUCAUUUUGGCUCGACCGAUACAUUUUUCUGAGCCAAUUGUCAUCUUUGCAUUGCAAUACUUCCAAGAUUUGGUUGUUUUACUUUCGAAGACACAACCCAGAACAGUGGCAAAUUAUCUUUUAUGGAGAUUUGUGCGGAACAGAGUAAACAAUUUGGACAAUCGUUUCCAGCAAGUAAAACAAAAGUUUUACUAUAUAAUGUUUGGUAGAGAAGAAGUGCCAUCGAGAUGGAAAAUCUGCGUAACUCAGGUCAAUUCUAAUAUGGAUAUGGCCGUUGGUUCGAUGUUUGUCAAAAAGUAUUUCGACGAAAACAGUAAAAACGACACAUUAUUGAUGACUCGAGAGAUACAGCGAUCCUUUAGAGAGCUGCUAGAUAAAACUAAUUGGAUCGACGACGAAUUAAAGCGCUUGGCGACUGAAAAAGUAAACGCUAUGGUGCUGAGAAUCGGCUAUCCAGACUUUAUUCUACAAUCACAUGUACUGAACGAGUGUUAUAAAGAUGUUGUAAUUCGACCAGACAAGUACUUUGAGAAUACUUUAAAUAUCAUACAAUAUUUAAACAGAAUGGAACAAGCUCACAUUGGACGUACUGUCGAUAAAACUUUGUGGGACACUGGUCCAGCGGUCGUUAACGCUUACUACAGUCGCAAUAAAAAUCAGAUAAUAUUUCCAGCGGGCAUAUUACAGCCACCUUUUUAUCAUAGAUUUUUUCCACGAAGUUUAAAUUACGGUGGGAUCGGUGUUAUAAUCGGACACGAGAUUACUCAUGGAUUUGACGAUAAAGGCAGAUUGUUUGACAAAAAUGGGAAUCUUCAUGGGUGGUGGAGAGAGGAGGCGAUUGAUGGAUUUAAUCGGCGAACACAAUGUCUGAUUGAUCAAUAUGCACAUUAUACCGUGACAGAAGUUGGGAUGCAGAUAGAUGGUGUUAAUACGCAAAGUGAAAAUAUUGCUGAUAACGGCGGUGUUAAACAGGCAUUUAGAGCUUAUGAGAGAUGGCUACGUUCGAACAAAGAGGAAGACGAAACGCUACCCGGAAUAACUGUGACGGCUAAACAAUUAUUCUUUCUGCAUUUUGCUCAAGUGUGGUGUGGUUCGAUACGUCCCGAAGCGGCGAGAAAUAGACUGAAAACAUCUGCACAUUCGCCCGAUAGAUUUCGAGUGAUCGGCACGCUUUCCAAUUUGAAAGACUUUGCUCAGGUGUUCAAUUGCCCUCCUGGUUCUCCCAUGAAUCCUGUGAGCAAAUGCUCGGUAUGGUAAAAUGUGAAUGUGUGUGCGUU